UGCGCUAGCCGGUGGCCGUUUCUACCCGUUUCUGAUGACGUCAUAACGUGUAGGUUAUUUGGCCACUCGGUAUAGCAGCUGGUUCUUCGCAUGGUGGUCGGUACAAAGGUGUACGACAAGCUUCGAGAGGAAUGGCUGAGGACCAGACUGGUGAACGACAUUGGGAUGAUGUCCCCACAUGCCCAAACCAGCAAGGUUGAAUCAUUCCACAACAUCCUCCUUCACUUUUGCCCCAAGUUGCUUGUAUACUCAUAUCAAGGGAUGAAGUGCAGAUUAUAUUUGGCUGUCCUACAUUGGAACGAAAAUUGUGAUAGAGCCCAGGCUGUUGAUGCCGAAGGGAACCCAGUGUACAGGUUGAAGUAUCCACGCUCGAAGGAAGGAGGCCACACAGUGGAGAGAGUGCUGACAGCUGGCACAUGUGGUUAUGUGAAAGCCCUGAUGAGAGUUGUCGUAGAACUGGUGGAAAACAGGGAGCAGCUCAGAGACAACAUGGAGGAGCUACAGCCUCAACCAGCACGGAGUGCCUCUCAUCAUCACCCCGACAAUGGAGAAGCCGUGCAAGCUUUUGAACAACAUCAUCGCUUUGGCGAUAGAAACUAGUUCUUUUGGUGAUA